UCAAUUAAUGCAUCAGCUAGCUAUAUAUAGUUAAAAAUCUAAUUAACCUUAUUCGGAGGUUACACUGUUUGAAUGAUAACACACAAGAGGGCUCGAAAUGUGUUUUUUACAUUCGUAACGUUUCGGGCUUCACCCAUGUAGUAAACCAAGGUCUCGUCUGUCAAAUUUUAACACAGGGGCUCGUGUCUAAGUUUACAGUAGCCUACGACAGAAAAAAGUAUAUGGUUGUUUAUUUUAGUUUAGUUUAUUUCAAAAAUACACAGUUAUAGGUACAUAGUAAUCAUUCAUACAAAGUAUAGUCUAUGAGAUUACCGCAUUAUCUAUUUUCUUAUGAACCCGACCGAAAUCCAGUUACUUGAAUAGCAAGUGCCUGUGAGUGAACUAUGGCUUCUCAGCUGGUUCGGAGAUCCAGAUGUAAACAAACGUUGAAAAGUUUGUUGAGUUUCAGAAGGUUCUACAACUCCAGGCAAGAGGGGAGGACGACGUCCAAGCUAAAAUGGAGUUACAUACACGGACAGUCGGAUGUCUCACCAAUCGGGAUAACUAUUGGAAAUCUUCUCCAGGAGAGAGUGCAAAUGACACCCGAUAAAGAAGUUGUUGUUUUUUGCUCCCGAAAGAUCCGGAAAACAUACGCGCAAUUUAUUACAGAGGUUGACAAGCUGGCGGCUGGACUGGUCAGUCUGGGACUGGAAAAGGGGGACCGUGUGGGGAUCUGGGGCCCUAACAGCUACGAGUGGAUUCUCACCCAGUAUGCUACAGCUAGAGCUGGCCUCAUCCUGGUAAAUGUUAAUCCACAGUACAAAGAACAGGAACUGGAGUUUGCUCUUGGGAAAGUGGGUUGUAAAGCUAUCAUCAUCUCGGAGAAAUUCAAGGACCAGAACUAUUACGAUAUUCUAUAUAAUGUCGUUCCGGAGCUGAGUGGUAGUAUUUCUGGGGAUAUAAGAAGUGACAGGCUGCCGUCUCUGAAGAUUCUGAUAACAAUGGGAGACAACUCAUACAGUGGUGCAUUUCAGUUCAGUGAAGUACUAGACUCGGCCACAGAUGCUGGGUGUCGAGGUAUAAUGGACAUUCAGAGGAAGUUACAGUUUGAUGAUCCAAUCAACAUCCAGUUCACAUCAGGUACUACAGGAGUACCGAAGGGAGCAACUUUAUCUCACCAUAACAUUGUAAACAACAGUCAUUUCCUGGGGCGGCGCCUGGGAUAUCACACUGAGGAGAGUAUAAUCUGUGUGCCCGUGCCGCUGUAUCACUGCUUUGGUAUGGUAAUGGCUAGCUUAUGUACCGUCACCCAUGGAGCUAAAUGUGUGUACCCCGGACCAGGGUUUGAUGCUGGGGCUUCACUUAAAGCUGUAGCAGAGGAAAAGUGCACAUCCCUGUACGGCGUCCCCACCAUGUUUAUUGACAUGCUGAAUCACCCUGACUUUGACAAGUUUGACUUAACCUCCCUUAGCACUGGUGUCAUGGCAGGGUCACCCUGUCCCGUGGAGGUGAUGCGGCAGGUUAACGAAAGGAUGCACAUGCCCAAAGUAACCGUGGCAUACGGUACAACAGAAAACAGUCCUGUGACUUUUCAGACAAUGAGAGACGACAACCUAGAGAAGCGGACAUCCACAGUGGGUCGACCGCUGGACCAUGUAGAGGCCAAGGUGGUGGACGAGGAUGGACACAUGGUCCCUAUAGGAACGAGAGGGGAGCUGUGUAUCCGUGGAAUUAACACUAUGCUGGAGUACUGGGACGAACCGGAGAAAACUGCUGAGGUCAUCAGUACCAGUCGGUGGUACUCUACAGGGGAUACUGCAGUCAUUGAUGAGGAUGGAUUUUGUAAAAUUGUGGGACGAAUUAAAGACCUAAUCAUCAGAGGUGGAGAAAAUGUAUAUCCCCUGGAGAUAGAGGAAGUGCUGUACAAACAUCCAAAGGUCAAGGAUGUACAGGUUGUAGGAGUACCAGACAAACGCCUUGGGGAGGAGAUCUGUGCCUGGAUCCAGGUCAAGGAAGGUCAGACGCUCACAGAACAACAGGUGAAGGACCUCUGUAAGGACAAGCUUGCCCGAUACAAGGUUCCCAGGUACGUCAGCUUUGUGGAUGGCUACCCACUGACAGUUACAGGCAAAGUACAGAAAUACAAGAUCCGAGAGGCUGCUACCAAGGAUUUAGGACUGGAAAACGUCUUCUCUUAACUGACAUUGUGAGGCAAGAACAUGGCUUCUCUUAACUGACAUUGUGGGUCUAGAACAUAGCUUCUCUUAACUGACAUUGUGAGGCUAGAACUUAGUUUCUCUUAACUGACAUUGUGAGGCUAGAACUUAGUUUCUCUUAACUGACAUUGUGAGGCUAGAACAAAGCUUCUCUUAACUGACAUUGUGAGGCUAGAACUUAGUUUCUCUUAACUGACAUUGUGAGGCUAGAACUUAGUUUCUCUUACCUGAACUUAGUUUCUCUUACCUGACAUUGUGGGGCUAGAACUUAGCUUCUCUUAAUUGACAUUGUGGGGCUAGAACAUAGCUUCUCUGAACUGACAUUGUGAGGCUAGAACUUAGUUUCUCUUAACUGACAUUGUGAGGCUAGGACAUAGCUUCUCUUAACUGACAUUGUGGGGCUAGCACUUAGCUUCUCUUAACUGACAUUGUGGGGCUAGAACUUAGCUUCUCUUACCUGACAUUGUGUGGCUAGAACAUAGCUUCUCUGAACUGACAUUGUGGGGCUAGAACUUAGCUUCUCUUACCUGACAUUGUGGGGCUAGAACAUAGCUACUCUUAACUGACAUUGUGGGGCUAGAACAUAGCUUCUCUUAACUGCAAUUGUGGGGCUAGAACUUAGCUUCUCUUAACUGACAUUGUGGGGCUAGAACUUAGCUUUUCUUAACUGACAUUGUGGGGCUAGCACUUAGCUUCUCUUACCUGACAUUGUGGGGCUAGAACAUAGCUUCUCUGAACUGACAUUGUGGGGCUAGAACUUAGCUUCUCUUACCUGACAAUGUGGGACUGGAACACGGCUUCUCUUAACUGACAUUGUGGGGCUAGAACUUAGUUUCUCUUAACUGACAUUGUGAGGCUAGGACAUAGCUUCUCUUAACUGACAUUGUGGUGCUAGAACUUAGCUUCUCUUAACUGACAUUGUGGGGCUAGAACUUAGCUUCUCUUAGCUGACAUUGUGGAGCUAGAACUUAGCUUCUCUUAACUGACAUUGUGGGGCUAGGAUCGGAACACAGUUUUUUCUCAUAGACACUUUCGGGCAAGGUGCAACAGGUUCCAGAAAUCAGCUUUCACAGUGUUGUGUUCGGACUGGGACAUGGUUUCUCCUGUUGAACGUGAAUGGCAGGGGAAAUCAAGAAGCGGGAGGCAGGCUACCUACAGAUAGCUACAGCUGUGACAUGUAUCCUCUUAAUGAGGUUGUGGGGCUGGAACCUGUCUUCUAUCUCAAUGAACCACAGAGGUUAUAACCACAAAGGGCAUUAUCAUUGUCCUGGAUUGUCCUGACUUCUACACUGGUUGAUGAUAGCUACCAAGGACUUAACCAGGAACACAUCGAAACAUUUCCACCGGUAACCAGGAACACAUCGGGACAUUUCCACCGGUAACCAGGAACACAUCGGGACAUUUCCACCGGUAACCAGGAACACAUCGGGACAUUUCCACCGGUAACCAGGAACACAUCGGGACAUUUCCACCGGUAACCAGGAACACAUCGGGACAUUUCCACCGGUAACCAGGAACACAUCGGGACAUUUCCACCGGUAACCAGGAACACAUCGGGACAUUUCCACCGGUAACCAGGAACACAUCGGGACAUUUCCACCGGUAACCAGGAACACAUCGGGACAUUUCCAUCGGUAACCAGGAACACAUCGGGACAUUUCCACCGGUAACUUUACUCAUAUUUGGUUGUUUGUUGCAGUCACAAAAUCUUUGUGUUCAUGUUUUUAAAUGUUAUUUUUGAGAUGUAUUUUUAUAGGUUUAUUCAAUGUGCAUGCAGUUUUGUAAAUUGUAUGUUAUACAAGUAUUUCUAAGCAGUCUUUUAAACCAGUAUGUGAUUAAGCAAUAAAAGAAAUAUUUGAUAC